AUGGCGCCGGGCAAUGGCAUUGAUGGCCUGUGCUCCAAGGUAAACGACUAUCUCGCCAGCCUUUCUCGAUUCUUCACUGCGACGAAUUUACAACUCUCCCCUACUAAAUCCACGGCGACCCUUUUCACCUCCUGGACAAAGGAGGUCCAGCUACAACUCAAGGUGAAAGUCGAUGAUACACAAAUUCCGACGGUUAACAACCCCAAAAUAUUGGGAGUUACCUUUGACAGCUUGCUCUCCUUCUCAGCGCAUACAACCGCUAUUGCAACUAAAGUACAGAAUCGCAACAAGGUUCUCAAGUCGCUCGCCGGCAGCACUUGGGGCAAAGACAAGGAAAUGUUGCUGUCGACUUUUAAAGCAAUAGGCCGACCGGUUCUAAACUAUGUUGCGCCUCUCUGGUCACCUGGAAUCAGUGAUUCGCAGUGGACGAAGCUUCAGACCUGCCAAAACACUGCUUUAAGGACCGUUACAGGAUGUUUUCUGAUGUCACCUAUACAACACCUACAUAAUGAGGCCCAAAUACUGACUGUUAAGGAGCAUAACAAAUUGCUCAGUGAGCAGUUUCUGCUAGGGUGUUACCGCAGACCUCACCCAUUACAUCUACUACUACGUUCCACCUUAGUUGUGAUAGUGCACCACCUUGCCGACACCCUCUGGAUGCAUUUGCCAUAA